AUGGAGCUCUCCUUUGCUGCGACCACGCCUGUUCUAGCGGAUAAGAAAAAAUAUCCUUACUUCUUCCGGACCGUCCCGUCAGAUAAUGCGGUGAAUCCCGCCAUCCUGAAGCUGCUGAAGCACUUCCAGUGGAAGCGAGUGGGCACGCUCACACAAGACGUGCAGCGGUUUUCGGAGGUGAGGAACGACCUGACCGGGGUUCUGUAUGGUGAGGACAUCGAGAUUUCGGACACGGAGAGCUUCUCCAAUGAUCCUUGCACCAGUGUCAAGAAGCUUAAGGGCAAUGACGUGAGGAUCAUCCUUGGCCAGUUUGACCAAAAUAUGGCAGCAAAAGUCUUCUGUUGUGCAUUUGAGGAGAACAUGUACGGUAGCAAAUACCAGUGGAUCAUCCCAGGCUGGUAUGAGCCUUCCUGGUGGGAGCAGGUGCAUACAGAAGCCAACUCAUCCCGUUGUCUCCGGAGGAGCCUGCUUGCUGCCAUGGAGGGCUACAUCGGUGUGGACUUUGAGCCCCUGAGCUCCAAGCAGAUCAAGACCAUCUCAGGAAAGAGAAGAACGACCCCUCAAGCAGACUUGGGGAAACAUGUGCUGUAG